CAAUCACAUGCAAAGGAAACAAGAAAAUUAAUAGCAAGUGGCCCAAAUAUUGAAAUUUCCCAUUUCAUAACCAUGCAUCUACAAAAAUCAUAAAGUAGUAGGUGUGAAAUUAAUGGCACAUUAUCUGAUUUCCACCAAACUCUGUAAAUGGCAAUGGCUGCAAGAUUGAGUGGAGUCAUUUCUUGCAAUUGAAAAUCAAGACAAGAAGCUAAGAGAGAAAAAGAGAAGUUGUUCUGCUUUGAUUUUCAAGAAUUUUAUAACUCAGCAGCUAUGAUUUAAUUUAUUCUAAUUUGUGGCCGCCGCCGCCGCCACAACCAGAGAGGAAUGACGGCAUACGGUGCAGUGAAUUCGCUGAGGAAUACACUUGAUUACAUUCUCCAUUCUUCUCAUUCUAGCCUUGUGGGGUCCUCUCCAUACAUCUUACAUUCUCCAUUGCAAGAUAUUCUGGAAAAAUUGGACAGCACAAGCACAAGCAAGAGCAGGAAGAAGGUGAAUGCUUUGGAUGGAAGAAUCAAAUACUUGAUUUGGGAAUUCGAGGACAUAUUGGAAUCCCUUCUCUAUCAACAGAUUCUUUCACAAGUAGAAGAUGAAGGAAUUAUGAAAGAGGGAGCAUGUGGAUUCCAAGGCUUAUUGGAAUCUCUUCCCUCACAGCCACAGAUUGUAAGAAACUUCAACAUGGCAAGAAUAAUGAAUGAAUCUCAUGUUACUUCCUUGAUGGAGAGGCUCAAGGAAAUGGAGGAGGAAUACGUUUACGAAGUAGACAAUAUGCCUGAAGACGACGACGAGGAUGAAUCCAUUUCCACAAGAAGUGGGAACAAGCCCAAGAUGAUUGGAUUAUCGAAUACAUUUCAACACCUCAAAGAGCAAGUUAUGAAAAAUGAGUAUGAGCAUUAUAUCUUCGCAGUUGUUGGAACUGCAGGCAUUGGGAAGACUGCUCUUGCUGAGACACUUUUUGACGAUCCAGAUAUCUUGGGCCAUUUUGAGCAUCGCGCAUGGGUCACUGUAGGCAGAAAAUCUCAAUCCGAUGAUGUUUUAAGAAGCAUUCUAACUCAAAUGUCUGGAAUCACACAAGGAAAGAAAUGCCUCGUUGUGCUCGAUGAUGUAUGGGAGGGGCAGACAUUGAAGUCCUUGAUGAUUUCCUUAUCGAACAUGCUUGAUGCAUCAAUUCAUAUCUUGGUUACAACUCGAGACAGUAACGUAUUUUUCUCGAGGUCUUUCCUUUAUACGAUAUUCGUGCCGUUUUUGAAUGAAGAAGAAAGUAAGGAGCUACUAUGCGAGAAGGUGUUUGGUGAAAAGGAAUGCCCUUUUCAACUCGACAAAGCCGUUACCAAAAUUGCCAAGAAAUGUGAAGGUCUUCCUCUCACGAUAGUCACAGUGGCUGACAUCCUAUCAAAAUCCCAUAAUACAGACCCAAAAUACUGGGACGAUGUAGCAGAAAUGAGGAAUUCAGUCUUCACUGAUGCAUAUAAUGAGAUAUCAAAGGUACUUUUCCCAAGUUACGACUACUUACCUCAAUAUCUUAAAAUGCCUUUUCUGUAUCUGGGAGUCUUCCCUCCAGAUUAUGACAUCCCUCUUUCCAAGAUCACUAAUAUGCUUUCUACUGAGGGCUGGUUUCAUAGAGGUUCUGUCUGGGAAUGUUUGGACGAGCUUUGUACUAGGAAUCUUGCUUUAUCCAACCAUAGUACUGGGCAUAUUAGUUAUGCCAUUCCCAAGAUUAAAACUUGCCGGCUUCACUCCUCGUGGCGGUACGUGUGUAGAGGAGAGGCUCAGAAGAACAAGUUUUAUCAUGUCUUUAAAAAGCUUGUUGAUGGCUUAGAAGAUGAUGUAGAAGGUCAGCGUUGCUUGUGUCUUGAAAAUAACCUUUUAUUUGGCAUCAAAGAAUUUUGCACCUCGGUGAGAUUGAACUGUGCAUCCUCUGCACGUUCUCUCCUUUUUUAUGGUCCAUACCACCAAUAUCCAAUCCCAGUAGGGGAUGAUUUCAAGUUGCUUGGAAAACUAGAUGUUCUUAAUCAGCGUUUGUACACUUUCCCUACAAAGAUUCUGACACUAGUCCUACUAAAGUACCUUGCUGUAACUUGCAACGGAGAACUCCCAACAACCAUAUCCAAACUUUUCAACCUUCGUGUCUUGAUUGUCCAUCCGCAUAGCAACAUUAGAAUUUGUAGAGCUCCAUCGUCUGUACCAAUACAAAUAUGGGAUAUGAAAGAGUUAGAGCAUAUUGAGAUAUUGGGGAAGAGCCUUGUAGCUCCAUCUCAUUCUGCUUGUUUGGAAAUUCUCUCAACACUUGUAGGUGUUCAUGCCAACACUUGUACUAUCCUGGAGCUUUCCAGAAAAGUUCCUUGCAUAAGGAAAUUUGGAGUUCAAAUCGAGCUAACCCCUUACGACGAGCAUGAUGACCUUAUCAAUUGCUUUGGUUGUGUUUCAACACUUGAAAGUUUGAAGACACUGAAAUGUGGCAUCACAAAUCCUGUGGUUAAGUACGAUUACGCGUUUCCUAGUUCAUCGAUGAUGUUUCCAAGUGGAUUGAGAAAGUUACACUUGAGUGGCAUGGGUUUUCCUUGGGAAUACAUGGAUGUAAUUGGCUCUUUGCCAUAUCUUAAAGUGCUCAAAUUGCGAGCCUACGCCUUUCUGGGUUCAAAGUGGGAAGCGCGAGAUAGAAGUUUUCAGAAACUUGAGUUUCUUCUAAUUGAAGACAGUGAUUUGGUGCAAUGGAAACCAAGUUCUGGAAGCUUCCCUGAGCUUAGACACCUAAGCAUGAAACAUUGCUACAAACUAGAAGAGAUCCACUGGCUGUCUCAUUGUACAUGCGGAGGAAAUAUUGAGUUAGUGAACUGGAAUCCUAAAGCUUUGAAUUGUGCUGAGCUAUUACAACCGUGUCCAAUGACUUGGGUUGAUGUUACCGCCACUUAUUCUUUUGACGAGAAACCCAUUACUAUCAUGUUUACGAGGUAUGGGUCUAAAGAAGAGACAUGGAAAGAUGUUGAUGAAGAUUUCUUCCGAGUUGGAGUUGUUCUGAGCUUGGGUCUGUGCUUAUAUGAGCUCGACUCGUUUAUCGUACUUUUGCUGUUGGUUUCAUGGGGUUUACCGCACUAAGGUGGAUUCGAACGCAAGAUCUUUGGGUUUAGGCAUUAACCAUUCUGCUGUUUGACCUACAGAAAUAACUUACCUCUUUUAGUUUGUGUUUGCUGGUGUUUAUGCAGCUUUGAUGAGUAUCUUAUCUAUAUAUAAUAUAAAAGAUCAGUAUAACGGUAACUUUUUACCGCCAAAUUUUCUCUCUCCCAUUUUCUCUAAAUUUAACCAAUUUCUC